CUCUGAUCUAUCUAGAUCUACCUGUGGGUAAUGGGUUCAGUAAGCCGUGUCAGACAGAUAAGCUUUGUCUCGUGUUCUCCGUGCAGCUGGACAAUGUGGACGAGCAGGCAGCGCAGAUCCGCAGAGAGCUGGAUGGGAGACUGCAGCAGGCCGAGAAAAUAGCCAGAGAGAGGAAGUUUCCAAAGUUUAUUUCCAAAGACAUGGAGAUGAUGUACGUGGAGGAGCUCAGGUCGUCCGUUAACCUGCUGAUGGCAAACCUGGAGAGCCAACCUGUGGCCAAAGACUUCAAGCCCAAAAUCAAGCCCAAACUCACACCCAUGAACAGCUUCCUGGACAUCGGCGAUGAGAACGACUUGCCCCUCUCCAAAUCUGACGUAGUGCUCUCGUUUUCUUUGGAGAUUGUGAUCAUUGAGGUGCAGGGGCUGAAAUCCGUUGCUCCUAACCGGAUCGUGUACUGCACCAUGGAGGUGGAGGGAGGAGAGAAGCUCCAGACGGAUCAAGCCGAGGCCUCCAGACCACAGUGGGGCACACAAGGUGAUUUCACCACCACACACCCCCUGCCCGCGGUCAAAGUCAAACUCUUCACUGAAAGCACUGGAGUCCUGGCUCUGGAGGACAAGGAGCUGGGCAGGGUGGUCCUUCACCCCACUACAAACGGGCCCAAAACGGCAGAGCUGCACAAGAUGGUAGUGCCUAAGAACAGCCAAGACGUGGAUCUGAAAAUCAAACUGGCGGUCCGCAUGGACAAACCCCCCAACAUGAAGCACAGCGGGUAUCUUUACGCUUUAGGCCAGAGAGUCUGGAAGCGAUGGAAGAGGAGAUAUUUUGUGCUUGUUCAGGUGAGUCAGUACACAUUUGCUAUGUGCAGUUACCGGGAGAAGAAGUCCGAGCCGCAUGAGCUGAUGCAGUUGGACGGGUAUACGGUAGAUUACUCUGAUCCGCAGCCAGGUCUUCAGGGAGGCAGAGCUUUCUUCAGUGCUGUCCGAGAAGGGGAUCUGGUGGUGUUCGCCAGCAAUGACGAUCAGGAUCGCGCUCUUUGGGUCCAGGCCAUGUACCGUGCCACAGGUCAAUCCUAUAAACCAGUAGCGCCCGCCCAGAACCAGCAGAACUGCAGAGGAGGGAAUGCCCAAAAAGAUGCCCCCGUGUCCUUACUCAGUAUGUUAUAUGAAGUGUUUUAAAUAUGUGUUUUUUAGAUUGUGAUUUUCUUGAUUUCAGACCAUUUUUUGAAACC